AUGACAGCCCUCAUUCGUGUUUUUGUUUUAUAUUUGAUAGUUGCAGCUAUCACUUUUUCGUUUGUGUUUGCACAGCCGAAAAAGAAGGAAGAAAGUUUAGGAGAUAAGGUCCAUCAGUUGAUGGAAUGGAACAACAAAAAGUCAGUGAUCAGGUUAAACGGAGACAAGUUUCGCCAGUAUGUGAAAACACCUCCAAAGAAUUAUUCAAUGGUGGUCAUGCUGACAGCACUACAAGCACAGAGAGGAUGUUCUGUCUGCAAGCAGGCUAAUGAUGAGUUCCAGAUCGUGGCAAACUCCUGGAGGUACUCACAGCAGUACUCAAAUAGGCUGUUCUUUGCUAUGGUUGAUUAUGAUGAGGGUUCCGAUAUCUUUCAGAUGUUGAAGUUGAACACAGCUCCUGUAUUUAUUCAUUUUCCUGCCAAAGGUAAACAGAAAAAGGGGGACACACUGGAUAUCAACAGGGUUGGCUUUGCAGCAGAACAGCUGGCCAAAUGGAUUGCAGAGAGAACUGAUAUUCAGAUUCGUAUCUUCCGACCACCUAACUACUCAGGAACAGUUGCCCUUGCCCUGCUGUUUGCAGUGAUUGGAGGGUUGUUGUACUUCAAACGCAACAAUCUGGAAUUCUUGUAUAAUAAAACAUCAUGGGGUAUUAUUGCUUUGGCUAUCAUCUUUGCCAUGACAUCAGGUCAGAUGUGGAAUCACAUUAGGGGACCACCAGUGAUGCACAGGAAUCCCAACUCUGGUCAGAUGCAUUACAUCCAUGGCAGCAGCCAAGGACAAUUUAUUAUUGAGACUUACAUUGUCAUGCUGCUGAAUACUUCUAUUGUGGUGGGUUUCAUCAUGCUGAAUGAAGCACCAAGUAUAAAAGGUGACCCAGGGAAGAAAAGAAUUGUUUCCCUGGUUGGACUUGGAUGUGUAACAAUUUUCUUCAGUUUACUGCUGUCUGUAUUUAGAUCGAAAUAUCAGGGCUAUCCUUACAGUUUCUUAUUCAAGUAG